UACGUGAUGACGUCACGUUGUAGGUUAGCUAUGAUGGCAAGCGCAGGUUGACAUCCAUUCAAUGCUGAAUUGACGACUAUUAAAAAAAAAAAAGUUAGAGGGAAACCCACGGUGAAUUUAAGAGGUUUAGAUAGUAGACGCUUGAAACGGUUUGGGGAAGGUGGCACUAUGCCCGCAGCUACUGUGGAUCACAGCCAAAGAAUAUGUGAGGUUUGGGCCAGCAAUCUGGAGGAGGAGAUGAAGAGAAUUAGACAUGUCAUUCGAAAAUACAACUAUAUUGCCAUGGACACAGAGUUUCCAGGCGUAGUAGCCAGACCAAUUGGAGAAUUCCGAAGCAAUGCUGAUUAUCAAUACCAGUUAAUGCGCUGCAAUGUGGAUUUACUCAAGAUAAUCCAGCUGGGCCUCACCUUUAUGAAUGAGCAAGGGGAAUAUCCUCCAGGAACAUCAACGUGGCAGUUCAAUUUUAAGUUUAACCUCACAGAGGAUAUGUACGCACAGGACUCUAUUGAACUUCUGACAACUGCAGGAAUUCAGUUCAAGAAGCUCGAGGACGAAGGCAUAGAGGCGUUGUACUUUGCAGAGCUAUUGAUGACAUCAGGAGUGGUACUGUGUGAUGGGAUCAAGUGGCUGUCAUUUCACAGUGGGUAUGACUUUGGAUACCUGAUCAAGGUUCUCUCCAAUUCCAAACUGCCUGAGGAAGAGAUUGAUUUCUUUGAGCUUGUUCGCUUAUACUUUCCAAUCAUUUAUGAUGUCAAGUACCUAAUGAAGAGCUGCAAAAUUCUCAAGGGUGGACUGCAGGAAGUAGCUGAGCAGCUGGAGCUAGAGAGGAUCGGACCACAACAUCAAGCAGGCUCUGACUCUUUGCUCACAGGCAUGGCUUUCUUCAAGAUGAGGGAGAUGUUCUUUGAGGAUCAUAUUGAUGAUGCAAAGUAUUGUGGCCACUUGUAUGGGCUUGGCUCUGGAUCCGCCUAUGUCCAGAACGGAACAGGGAACGCUUAUGAAGAAGAAGCUAACAAGCAGCAGUCAUGACAGCACACUCACACUAUCCUGCAAUUCGCAGUGCGGCCCAGAGGCCAAGCUUGGACACCCGGAUGAUAAGGAAUUGAGGAAUUGCUACAUUUAGCCAGCUGUUUGUCAUUGGUUUGUCAUUUGUCGUAGACAAUUGAAAUGAUUAACAGUGAAAAUUACCACAGUUGGCAUCACACAUGACACAGCUACGCUGGUGUGAGCUUAAUCUUUAAACUCCUGCAGAGCAGCGCAGGCGUCUGGGUGGUUCAAAACAAUUUAACAUGCUUGAAAAAAUGGGAUUUUAGUUUUACUAAAAUAUUCUGUAGAAUUUUUUUGCACUUUAAAGCUCUAACUUGCUUUUAUAUGGAAAGUAUGUAUCUUGAUCUCUCUGCUCUUUGUUUUUUUCUAUACGUUCACAUUUUACAUUGUGAACAUGCAGUGCUCACGUAAUGUUCUAACAUUUUGCCACACUCAGCCUUAAGGUUAACUGCAUCCUUUUAAACAUUUAAUUUAUUUUGCCAGUUCUCUAGAAAGAGGCACAGCUCUAUACCACAGAUACCACACUUUACCAUAAUGCCUCAAAAUGAGAAAGGGAGCCCAUAUGAACAUGGAUGGUAUAAUUUUUACAAUCCUGUGCUUUCUGUGCUUGUUUGUUUUGUUAUUUCCACUGAAAAACCCCAAUGUGAGAAGUCUGUCAGCCAUCGUACAUUUUUGCAUGUAUGUAUCUGUGAAAUGUCAAAGCUUAGAUUGGAUUUUUUGUGCACACAAAUGCUAUUGUUCACUUAAGAAGCGUGCGAUUGCAGACAUACUGUAUGCCCACAUGAGGUGACAAUGAUCUCCAAAUUGAAAUGUAAGAAAACUCACCUGAUGUAGCACAUGCAGAGGUUAUCUUUCUAAAAUACUCUGUCGUGAGUACGUUUUCAUUCAUUUUGUUUUAAUGGAAGUUGCUUUUGUAGAGUUUUAGUGUUGUAAUAAAAGAAAAAAAAAUACACUUUUACUCCUUGGAAAACACCUAGCAUUUUAACAUACUUUUUUAUUUAUUUAUUUAAUUUUUUUGGGUGGUGUUUGUGUCUAGCAUUGGCCUUUGGAAGUGAUUGUUUUAUGUUUGUGUUGCUUUCCUAUUCUAAGAUGCUGCAUAGGGGAACCGCAUGUUCCAAAAGUUUUCAACAAAAGCUGUGUUGUUGAGUAGUACAUUUGUACGUGUUCUGGCAUAUACAGUGGAUAUAAAAAGUCUACACACCCCUGUUUAAAUCCCGUUUUAUUGUGAUAUAAAAAUUGACACCAAGAUAAAUAAUUUCAGAUCUUUUCCCACUAAUGUGACUUAUACCCUGUACAAAUCAAUGGCAAAUAAAAUACAUUUUCAAGAGGGGAAGUAAAAAUAAACAACUGAGGUAAUGUGGUUGCAUAAGCGUGAACACCCUCUUAUAACUGGUGAUGUGUUCAGAAUUAACAACUCACAUUCAAGCUCAUGUUAAAUGUGAGUCACCACACACCUGACAUCAUGGCAGUGCCUCUGAAUCACCUCAGAUAAAGUUAAGCUGUUCAAGUAGGCCUUUCCUGACCAUUUUUUUUAACACUCACUGGUAUUUGCAACUGUUCUUUAUUCGCUCCACCUUGACUAAGGCCCCAGUAAAACCCCCAAAGCAUUAUGCUGCCACUAUCAUGCGUCACUGUAGGCAUGGUGGUGUUCUGAUGCAGAGCACUGUUGUGUUUGCACCAAAUGUUUCAUUAGGAAUUAUGGCCAAAAAUGUCAACCUUGCUUUCAUUGGACCAAAAUACAUUUUCCCACAUGCAGUUCAAGUGUGUUUUUGCAAAAUGUAGCAGUGCGUUGAUGUUUUUCUCUGUGAGAUGACUUAUGUGAUGCCACCCUAUCCCAUAGCCCAGGCAUAUGAAGAAAAUGCAAGAUGAUUAUUGUCACGUUCUAAACAGCUGGUCCGUACUUGGCAGAAAUUCCUGUAGCUCAGCAGUUGCUGUCGGCCUCGUGGUAGCGUCCCUAAUGAAUGUGUGUGAAUGGGUUAAUGUGAGGCUUUGUAAAGCGCUUUGGGGACCAUGAGGUGUAGCUAAAGCGCUAUAUAAGUGCAGUCUAUUUAACAUUCUUGUUAAUGUCACUGCUGUACCAUAUGUUUUCCAUUGGAUGAUGACUGACUUCACUGGUACAUAUCAUGCAUUGGAAAUUAUUUUGUACCCCUCCUGAUGAGAUCUCUCUGAUGCGAUGGAAGCUCUCUAAGGUUCAUUGCUUGUGCUGGGCAGUUGUGGCCCAAUGGUUAAGAUCAUCACCUGUGGCUGUAGAUGAUUUAGGUUCAAGACCCCAACUGGACCAUCCACCAACAUCACCCAGACUCACAGCUGUGGUGUCCUUGAGCAAGAUACUGAUACCCCAGGUGCUUCAGCUGACCCCUGCUCCAAUGUGUUCACUGUGAUGGUAAAAUGCAGAGAACAAAUUUCGUGUGCAUGCAUGUUCAUGACAAUAAAGGUGAUUCUUCUUCUGUAA